AUGUUUAUGGACGAGUUGUGGAGGGCCCUUUUCGUGGGCCUGGUCGUGUACGGGAACUAUCUGUUGUUUUCAGGCCAUUUCAUGCCCAUAUUUUGGGCUGUUUGCUACUCUGUUCUGUGCAAACAGGUGGGGAAAAAGCACGUCCCCAUCCUGCAGCCGUUUCUCCUGCUGCUCUCUUCGUUUCCGCUGCUCUCUCUGGCAGUGCUUCCCUCCGUCCUGGUUCUCCUGUGCGGGAAUGAGCUGAAAGAGUGCGCGGUUUCAGCCGCUCGCAUCAUCAGCACCUCCCCGGAGACGCAGACUCUCGCAAAAAAGGUCCUUGCUCCCGUGCUCUUCCAGAUUUCGCAGUAUCUGGAGAUACACAGCGACCAGACACUCUCAGAGUCCGUUGUCUACUACAAAAUAUACCUGAAGAUCAUCUCCCUGAAAGAGGAAAUUCUGCAGGGCAGCCAAAGCGCAGUCUCCCUCCUCGGGCAGACGCUUUUCUUCGUGGGCUUCACAGGGUACUUCUACAAGCUGCAAAACAAUCCGCUUUACUACGUGCUCAAGCCCAUCCCCCGGCACGCAAGCAUAAUCAGCGCCUUCGAGAACAUCGUCCACAGCAUGGCCGUGGGAAGUGCAUACGGGUUCCUGUGCGGGUUCAUUCUGUGCGCGCACUUUGGCUCUCCCCUCGUCGUAACCAGCGCUGUUGCAAGCGCAUUCCUCACGGUAUUUCCUGUUAUGCCGCUUUGCCUGUACGGAGCCCCCACAGCCGCAUUCCUCUGGGCGGAGGGAAAGCGUGUAAGUGCUUUCGCCUUUUUCUGCCUCUGCAUUCUCCAGCAGCUCUACGGAAGAAAAACAUUCGGCGUGGAAAUGGCAGGCGGAAAGUAUCUGAAAAGCGUAAGUGUUCUCCUGGGCCUGCGCGUUUUCGGGUACCCAGGCGUCAUUUUGGGCCCACUCCUUCUCUCCUCCCUCCUAAUCCUGUGGCCCUCCGACAAAGCCCCCGCAGAGCCUCUGCAGAAGCCCGUCGAGAGAGCAAAAAGGCCAAAAAACAUGACCAAGGCCAUGGAAAUACUUCGGAAGGGGAGGUAG